CAGAAGACAGUGGAUGGCCCCUCUGGGAAGCUGUGGCGUGACGGCUGUGGUGCUGCCCAGAACAUCAUCCCUGCAUCCACUGGUGUUGCCAAGGCUGUGGGCAAAGUCAUCCCAGAGCUGAACGAGAAGCUCAUGGGCAUGGCUUUCCACAUUCCUACCCUCAAUGUGUCCAUCGUGGAUCUGACAUGCCGCUUAGAGAAAGCUGCCAAGUAUGACGACAUCAAGAAGGUGGUGCAGCAGGCAUCCGAGGGUCCACUAAAGAGCAUCCUGGACUACACUGAGGACAAGGUUGUCUCCUGCAACUUUAACAGUGACUCCCACUCUUCCACCUUCGAUGCUGGGGCUGGCAUUGCUCUCAGUGACAACUUUGUAAAGCUCAUUUCCUGGUACAACAAUGAGUUCGGCUACAGCAACAGAGUGGUGGACCUCAUGGCCUACAUGGCCUCUAAGGAGUAAGAAGCCCACCCUGGACAACCCACCCCAGCAAGGACACAGCAAAA